AUGGUAAAGUUAACACAUGAUGAGGCGCAGCGUGUGAAGACGGCAUUUCUCUCCUACUCGCAGGGCCAAAGCCGCGUGCCGGAGGCGAUGAUGGAUCAACUCAUCUGCGGGGCGGUGCCGGGCCUCACGUGGGAGCAGCUGCAGGCCCGCAAGCCGGCGAAGAACAGCAGCAACGCCGACGGGUACGACCGCAGCGCCUUCUUCGCCCUCGUCGCCUCCGACCCGGUGUACGUGCAGUUCAUCGCCGCCCACUUCCCCUGCGCACCGGAGGAGGAGCGGGCACCGGAGAUUGAUGCGCUGGAACUGAAGACACAGAAGGGCUUUUAA